AUGUCAGAAAACGAUGAAAACGACAAGAAAAUGGAAAGAUCUAACCCUAACAAGCUCAAACUUGUAACCUUCACCGGAGCGGCUGGGCUGCUCGGACUCGCCGUUAGUUUCGCCGUCUUCGCUUACAAGUCUCACAAGGAAAAACAUAAGAGGAAAGGUCUUCCUGGGUGUGAUACUGUCUGUGUUACCCUAUCGGCGAGAGAGAUACUCGAUUUGGCUGAUGAAAUCAUUUCCAAGUCCACGAGAGUUCAUGAUGCUCUUGCCUUGGUUCCUCUAAAUAAGCUCUCUUAUGAGAAUGUUGUAUUGCCGCUAGCAGAACUGGAAGCAAGACAAUUCUCGCUUAUACAAUGCUGUGUGUUUCCUAAGAUGUUAUCUCCCCAUGAUAAUGUUCGUAAAGCCAGUGCUGAAGCAGAGCAGAAAAUCGACGCUCAUAUCCUCUCCUGCAGGAAACGUGAAGAUGUUUACCGGAUUAUCAAAAUUUAUGCUGCAAAGGGAGAAUCAAUUGCGCCAGAAGCUAAAUGCUACCUACAGUGUCUGGUUAGAGACUUCGAGGACAAUGGUCUGAACCUUACUGCAAGAAAAAGAGAGGAAGUGGAGAGACUGACAAAUGAAAUUGACGAGCUAAGCUUGCGAUACGUUCAGAAUUUAAAUGAAGAUAGUUCGUGCCUGUUUUUUACUGAAGCUGAACUUGCUGGUUUGCCAUUAGAAUUUCUUCAGAGUUUGGAAAAAACUCAAAAUAAAGAAUUUAAGCUCACCUUGGAAAGUCGUCAUGUGGCAGCUAUACUAGAGUUGUGCAAGAUAGCCAAAACAAGGAAGACAGUGGCUAUAGCAUAUGGAAAGAGAUGUGGAGAUGCCAAUAUUCCGGUUUUAAAAAAACUGGUUCAGUCGCGCCAUAGAUUAGCUCGCUUACUUGGUUAUGCACAUUUCGCAGAUUAUGCUCUUGAUCGUAGGAUGUCAAAGACCUCAACGAGGGUGAACAGGUUCCUGGAGGACAUCUCUUCCAGUUUAACUGAAUUGGCUAUUAGAGAGUUUUCCAUAUUAGAAGACUUAAAGAGGAAAGAUGAAGGGGAGCUUCCGUUUGGCGUAGAAGAUCUUUUAUAUUAUAUAAAGAGGGCAGAGGAGUUGCAGUUUGAUCUUGAUUUUGGGGAUAUCCGACAAUAUUUUCCCGUCAGUUUGGUCCUUCCCGGGGUCUUUAAAAUAUGUCAGGACCUUUUUGGAAUAAAAAUUGAGGAGGUUACAGAAAUUGAUGUCUGGUAUUAUGACGUGCGAGCUUUUGCCGUCUUUGACUCCGGAUCUGGAAAGCUUUUGGGUUAUUUCUAUCUUGACAUGUUUACAAGGGAAGGGAAAUUUAGUCACAGCUGUGUGGUUGCUCUUCAGAAUAAUGCAUUGUUCUCCAAUGGUGCAUGUCAGAUUCCGGUGGCGUUGCUUAUUGCACAGUUUGCAAAGGAUGGUGGUGGUGAAGCUGUGCCAUUGGGAUUCUCUGAGGUGGUUAAUCUUUUUCAUGAGUUUGGUCAUGUGGUUCAACAUAUCUGCAAUCGCGCUUCAUUUGCUAGAUUCUCUGGCCUUCGUGUUGACCCUGAUUUUCGGGAGAUCCCUUCUCAAUUAUUGGAAAAUUGGUGUUACGAGAGUUUCACCUUGAAGUUAAUAUCAGGUUUUCGUCAGGAUAUCACCAAGCCACUUGUGGAUGAAGUCUGCAAAACACUUAAACGUUGGCGAUAUUCUUUCUCUGCACUCAAGUCGCUUCAGGAGAUAUUAUAUUGUCUAUUUGAUCAAAAAAUAUAUUCGGACGAUGAUGUUGACUUUGUCCAGCUAAUCAGGACUCUCCAUCCGAAGGUAAUGAUAGGUCUACCAGCGGUGGAAGGAACAAACCCUGCUUCAUGUUUCCCACGUGCUGUAAUUGGCUCUGAAGCAACAUGUUACAGCCGUAUAUGGAGUGAGGUGUUUGCUGCUGAUAUAUAUGCUUCAAAAUUUGGGGAUGGGCAUCCGAAUCUGUAUACGGGCAUGCAGUUCAGAGACAAAGUGUUGGCUGCGGGAGGAGGCAAAGAAGCCAUGGAACUUGUCACAAGUUUUCUUGGAAGGGAGCCAUCAACACAAGCUUUCAUUGAUAACCGGACAAAAUAUAUUUCGGUUCGGUUAAACCGAAUAGGACACGUGGCACGCUCAAUGGAUAAGGUGAGUAUGUCUCUCAACGCGUUGGCUCGUCUUCCACUGAAGAACACGGGAAGAUUCGAAGAGAUUGGUUUAGCUAGACACUCGUUGUUCACCUCGAGAACGCCAUGCCGAGAAUCGGUGCCGCGGCGGAUGGUUUUUGUGGUGGAGGCGAAAGGGAAGAAAGGUAUGGCUGCUCGUCAGUAUCAACGUACACCUCCUCCUAUGCCUAAGAUUGAAGACGAUGGAAACCCUAGAUUCGUUAUCUUCAUUCGUAUGGCCAAUGUGUAUCUUUGGUAUCCUCUCAGUAUAAUAGCUGGUGGUACCACUGCUAAGAUCAUGGUUGCUGCAAAAGACAACCUCUUGGGGAAGUAUAUCUACAAAGACACCAUUGCAAGAAACAUUGCUGCUGUUAUCUACAGAGAUGAGAAGGAGAUACAAAAGACAGCAAUAAAGCAGCAUCGUGUCUUGCGGUCAGCCACAGAGUUUCGAUAUGGCUACAAACUUGUUGAAAACGGAAACAUGAGAGCUGCACUUAGUACCUCAGAUGUCAUCGAGCUCCCAACCCAAGACCAGCUUAAAACAGUAUUCGACAAAGUGAAAGACUUUUUUGGGGAUGCAAAAGAGUCAUUCGGGAAGAUAUCAUCGCUGAAUCCUGGGACUGACGGAGAAAGUGAAGAAAGCCCAGAUGAGAAAGCCAAGUAA